GUGUGGCGGUGGUGUUACGGGCACGCGGCUGGUUGGAUCAGUGCAGCUUUGGCAGGUGGAGGGAGUAGGUGCGUCUGGUGCUGCGUGUCCAGGGAAUGUAAUAUAAGAUGUGCACGAGCGAGUGGGAGGGGCUGCUGGAGCGGCGGCUGGCCAUGCUGCCCGGCUCCCGCGACCCAGGCGGCGGCCCCAUCCUGGUGAUCUCCCUGCCCCAGGACCCCACCCUGCACGACUCAGGGGGCAUCUCGGCCACCAUCAAGUACCUUAAGACCAUCCCCAGUCUGAGUGCAAGGGACCGCGGGUGGGUGGUGGUGGUGGACGCCCGCGUGUGUCACUACCGCCUGGUCAAACCCACCGUGAGCACCGUGCGGGCUGCCCUGGGCCACCUGCGUCACCUGUUCGUGGUGCGGCCUGAGGGAUUCUGGGACAAGCAGCGCGUGGACUGCCGCAAGAGUGAGGUGGACAGCCAGCCCAUCUACGUGACGGUGAGCAAGCUGACGCGGCACAUCGAGCCCUCUCAGCUGCCUGUGGAGCUUGGCGGCACCCUGGAGUAUGACCACCCUGCCUGGCUCAAGACUCGCAAGGCUUACGAGGAGUUUGUGGAUGAGUGCGAGAGGGCGCGGCGGGACUUGGAGACUCUGCAGGUGGAGUUGAGGCGAGAGGAGCCUUGCAGCCGCGCCUCCACCCUGCACGACCUGCUCUCCGUCAACACCAACACCUACACCACCAUCACUGCCAGGCCUUCCAUCAUCUUCAACAUGGGUCAGGAGGUGCUGAAGGUGCUGGAGAUGGACGAGGAGUCAGGCUUCAGGGUUUGCGAGGGGCAGGGCGACGCGGCAGAGGCGGCGUCCAGGGUGCGGGCGAUGCUUCACGACCUGCACCUGCUCACCACUGCCGUGGAGGCCUGCUGGAGGAGGCUCAACACCGCCCUCGACACCUACAUGCAGGUGCGGGAGCUGGAGACGGAGAUGAAUGACAUAGGGAAGUGGCUGGUGUCGGCUGGGCAGACACUGCUGGCGGAGACGAGCAUCGGCAACACCACGGACCAGGCGGAGGCGCUGCUGCGGGAACACGAGGCCAUCGAGCUCAAGUGUCGGGAGACGUACGGGCGGUGGGCGGGGCUGCGGUACAGGGUGGAGGACGCCCUGGACCGCGGCGACGGGGACCUGCGCGCCCUGGCAGACCACCGCACCACCACCACCGACCUGCGCUCCCUCAAGGACUACACCGACACCCUCGUCAGGACCUUCGCGUCUCGUUUGGACCGCCGCCGCACGCUCAUCCUGGCCUCCGUCAGGUUCCACCGCAUCGCCCACCAGAUGGAGGAGCGGUGCCACAUCCUGCUGCAGCCCCACCGCUGGCUGCCGCAGACUGACGACGUGGAGCCGCUCAAGAAGACCCUCAGGGAACUCACCGCCAGGAAGGAGGCUAUUGACUACCUCGCCUCGGAGGGCACGCGGGCGGGGGAGAAGCUGCUGGACCUGCUGACGGUGGGCGUGAAGGACCUCUCUGGUCGGGACAUCACGCCAGACUACACGGCGGAGCUGAACCACGUGCACGCCCUCCUGACGGCGCAGCAAGAGCACUAUUGCAGGGCGGCGCGCCAGGCAGACCUCCACAAACUGCGCCUCCAGCAGAACAUCCAGCUGCUCACCUGCCAGAGGGAUGUGAGGCAGGCACAUCGGUGGCUGCGGGCGCUGCUGGAGGCGCUGAUCAAGGCUCACUCCCACGUGGGCAGGUCCUCAGAUGAGAUACGCAGACUCAAGGCAGAGCACCAGCAGUUCCAGGACACAGCGGCGGGGACCUUCGAGUACGGCUAUGAGUCAGCGCGCGCCGCCCUGCUGGUGGAGAAGUCUGCGGGCGGGUCUGUGCUGUGCGAGAGUCGUAACUUAGUGGACGACCUGGAGAAAGUGUGGAAGAUGUUUGUGCAGGGGUCCCAGGAGCAGCUGACGAGGCUGAGAGUGGCGGGGGUCUUCUUCAGGACCAUGGAGCAGCAUCUGGAGCGCCUGGACCGCCUCUGUGCGGGCGUGGUGGAGCGCGUGGCGGGGCGUGGUUGCCUGACAGGGGACGGCGACAUGCGCUCCCUCCUCUCCUGCCGGGACCGUCUGCUGCGUGAGAUCGGCAGGAACGUGCGUCUCGGCAAGCUGCUCAAGGAGAGACUGACGGACCCUCUCGUGCCCAGCUUCAGCCUGCGGGACCACAACGAGAACAUCUUAGCCCAGGAGUCCAUCACGGAGAGGAUUCAACACGUGACGUCCCGCGCCCAGCACCUAGACAGCCUCAUGUUCCCGUCAGCAGCCGCCACCUCCCCGCCCGUCCCCGCCACCCCUCCCUCGCCGCCCGCCACGCCCCCGGAGCCUGUGUCGCGGGCGGAGACUGAGUAUGAGGGGAGCGGCAGCAGCACCACCACCGAGUACUGGACGUGUUCAGAAUGCACGUGCACGGGGUCAGGCUCGUACCACACGUGCCCGGAGUGCCAGGAGCUGCAGGACCUCUUCACGCCAGACGACACCAGGCCGCCCUCCGAGGAUGACCUGCCGCUCGACGAGAUCCUGCGGCGGAGGUCAAGGUCGAGGACGAAAUCAGGAUCCAAGGGCAAGGAUGACCCCGCCAGACGCCGCAGCAGGUCAAGAUCACGCAGUCGGUCCACUCCUCGAAGGGUGGACGCCGAGGAGGUGAAGGCGGCGGCGACGAAGGCGAAGAAGGAAGCGCCGCAGGAUCACCCUGAUGCCAUCCAGAGGGCCACGCGGUGCAGGUCACGCUCCAGGUCCAAGUCCCUGACGCGCGAGAUUGUAGCGUCCUUCAAGGAGUUCAGGGACAAGGUGACGCGUGGCAGGUCACGCUCAAAGUCCCGGGAGCGCAAAGCAGCAGCAGCAGCUGCAGCUGCAGCAGCAGCAGAGGCGGUGGGGGCGCAGUCGAAGGAGAAUGGCGAUGUGCAGAAAGCAGCCCCUGGAGAGCCGCCAGAGGCCGCCCAGGACUUCCAGAUCCCCGUGCAGGUGGAGAGGGAAGCCCCGCAAACCCCGCCCUCCCCGGAGAAGGCGUGGAAGGAGGUGAGCACGGAGACGAGGAGGACGCGCGUGGUGCUGCACGGCGGGGACUCCCAGGGGGACAGAACCCUCACGCUGGAGCACGUCACGUCCCUCAGGAAGCCAGACGACACCGUGGACUCUCGCACCGCCAGGGACUCCUACAGGUGGCACUCUCCACCCCCCACCACCACCACCACUACCUUCACCUCCUCCACCACAGCCGCCUCCCCACCACCACCACUGCGACCCUCCUCCACUACCUCCACUACCGCCACCACCACCGCCAUCCCCACCGCUACGUUUUCCACAAUCCAGUUACCACAAGCGGCUGCCUCCACCUUUUCCUCCUCCUCCGCUGCUUCUUCCUACACUUCCUCCUCCACUUCCUCGCCCAUCCACCGUCCAGUUAUGGUCUCCGCUUCCACCUCUCCUCCACCUCUCUCCCCAGUCAGCACCACAGCCUCUUCCUCCACCUCAGCACCCAUCCACCGUCCUGUUAUGGUCUCCACUUCCACCUCCCCUCCACCUUUAUCUCCUGUUGCCGCCACAACGUCUUCCUCCACCUUGCCACCUGCUCCUCGUCCAUUCAUGGUUUCCGCCUCCACCUCUCCCCCGCCCCCUCCCGCCCCUGCGCCCCUGGUCGCCGUCUCCACCCCCGGGCAGCCCUCACCAACGGACACUUGGCCUCCUCUCCCUCCUUCAGUGGUUGAGGCGCCCUCCUCUCAGUGGCCCUCCAGCGCUGUUUCACCGCCUCUCACCUCUUCUUUUACUACUUCUGCUGUUGCUGCAGCUGUUGCUGCUGCUGCUGUGUCAUCUUCUGCGCCUCCUCCCGCGACAGCAGUUUCUACUUCUGCGCAGCUCUUGGCCACCGCUUUGCCUCCUGUGUCACCCGCGCCGCAGCAACAGUCCGUUCUGACGCCUGCUUCGCCUGUUCAGCAGCAGCCCACUGCCCCUGCUGGCGGGUCUCUGCCUCAGCAGCCUCCUGUUGGCGUUUCUUCUCAAUCACGAGUCACAGUUCCUGGCGAGGCUCCUUCAGCACCCCAGCAGGCGCCUGCGAGGCAGCACCCAACUCCUGCUGCCUCAGGGGACUCCACUCAGCAGACCACAGUUGUUCCUUCUCUGCAGCGACCUUCAGUCUUCACUGCUGCUCCCACUCAGCAAAAAAAGUCUACGACUAUCAUCUCACAGCAGCAGCAGCAGCAGCUUCCCCUUCCCUCAACGCCUGCUUCUGCUUCCGCUGUAUCGCCGCCCUUCACCACCUCCCUGCCGCCUCCCUCCGCCACUAAGGGUGUCCUGCUGGGCCCGCAACCUUUCCUCAAACGCUCUCCCUCACCUGUCUCUUCCCCUUCCUCUAGACACACGCCUCUAGUCUCCGCCGCUUCCGUAGCCGCUGUAACAUCUCCUGUGGUGGCCGCGCCGCCUUACGUAGAGACGCCCCCGCUCGUGCCGCGUUUGCCCUCCCCCGUAGUGACUCCUCAGGGAGCAGUCCGACAGUCCUCCCCAGCCGCGGCUCACAAAAGCCUUCCGCCGCUGGGACUUGCUUCUCCCCCGGGCGAGGCUGAGUGGUGGCCAUCGCCCCCCGACGAGCCGCCGCCCGAGGAGCCCACCCUGCUGCAGGUGAGGCCUGAGUCGCCGCGCCUCGCCCCCAGGCAGCACAGGGAGGGCGCCUCCUCGCCCUGCAGGGCACACCGCGAAGAGGAGACGCCUCCCCCGCGCCCUCCGCCCCCAAACCUGGCCAUGUCCGCCUCGCCAGGGCGCCCGCCACGCCAUCCCGCUCCCCGCAUCGAGUCCCCACCUCCCAGGCCACCAGUACCUACUUACAUGACCCUCCUCGGGGAGCACGACACCCCGCCCCCCCGCCCCUCGCCCCCCGCCUCGCAGCGCGAACUCACCCCGCCCCGUCCCGCCCCACCCGCCUCACACGAUCCCUUGCAAGAGUUCUCGUGCCCCCCGCCACGCCCUGACCCGCCCAGCGACGACGCCGACGACGAGCGGGAGGCGACGCCGCCCAGGCCGCUGCCGCCGCACGAGUACGAGGUGGCGUGCCACCCGCGGCGUCCCUCGCUGCCCACAAUCCACGAGUUGUCCCCGCCGCUCCCCGAGGCGGGGGAGGAGCCCCAGCAAGGUAACGAGAGGGAGCGCACGCCGCCGCGCCCCAGGCAACCCUCACUCACCCGCUUUACUCCUCCCAGACCCGCAGAGGACGACGCCGACCCCCUGGCGCCGCCACCUGUGCCGCCCCCGCCCGCGUGUGAGCCAGCAGGCGCGGCGCAGCGGGGGAAGGGCGUCCCUGUAGAGGCCCCCGAGCACUCCUCGCCGUCCGACCAUCCCUACACUUCCUCGUCCCCUGAGAAGUCUGGCACGUCGCCGGACAAGGAGUCAGACCCAGACGCCAGUGCCGCGCCCACCCAAGGAAUGAGAGGAAGUGGCAGAGGAGUGGGCGUGACGGACCUCACAUCCCCGCGCAUCUUAGGUCUCCCGCCUCCCUUUCCGCACCCGAAAGAAGGCGUGGACGAGAUAGAGAGGAAGCUGCGCAAGGGAAAGUUUAAUCAGUACUCUGCACCAUCAACAGGAAAAAUACCCAUGAGAACACGAAAAAUUGUCUUUGUGGACUUUGAAAAGUCAUUAAACUCCUCCUCCUCCUCCUCCUCCUCCUCCUCCUCCUCCUCCUCCUCCUCCUCCUCCUCCUCCUCCUCCUCCUCCUCCUCCUCCUCUUCCUCCUCUUCUACCUCCACUACUACCAACUACCACCACCACCACCUCCUCUUAGCCAUACACAACACAUUCCCAUGA